AUUCAGAAAAGCUACAGUCAAGCAACGAAAGCAAAAGUUGUCGAUAUGACAAAUAGAAAGAAGGAAAUGUAGAAGAGAAAGCAGUACACCAAUAAAUGUUGACAAAAUCACUUACUAGCCAAAGUGUCCAUGCACUUGUCGUUCACACAUACUUGCUGUACAAAACCGUGUUAAGUUACAGCACAAUACACUUUCUGACGAGAAUGCAAGCGGUCUCCAACAAAAAAAAACACUAAGCUAAAAGACGCCAAACAAAGGAAAUACUUAAAAUCAUAAAAGUGGCUAGUAGCAGCCUUGCAACGACAGCAAUUAAUUAAGUGCAACGCGAGCAUAAAGGCGGCCACCAGACUUGUCGGUCAAAGCAAUAUCAAGCCAGUCAUUGAUAGCAAUGACGGUCUAGCCAGUCCACAUAAAGCAAAUAUAUCGAUUUAUUAUCAGCAGUGUGAGUAAACGGAACUUGUGCGGAACACAAUUAAGCCAUCGCAACAUCAGUUAAAACGGCAAUGUGCACCGCUUUAGUGGUAGUUGACAGAAUUUCGACAACAGCCACAAGUAAUAGUGAAAAAAUCAAUUGCAAUUGAAUAAUCAAGUUUGCAUUUUCAAAAGUUUUAGCAAAAUUAAUUGAGAUGUUGCUGGCUCAGAAGACACCCGCUGCGCAUUGGCGGUCCUUUGUUGACCUAAUGAUGGCACCAGUGUCACCAAAGAAUCUUCGUUUGUCGGCCAUACUCAUUGGCAUUUACCAACUGCUUGUCGCCCAUUUACUACUAUUCCUGGUGCUUUUGGGCCUGGCACAUGCCGAACAAAUGAAAACAAUGCUUGCCAUGGACAUUGAGGAUCAGAAGGAUAAUGGCUUUUAUGAUAUGUCACCAUUUCGUAAUCAAUUGCGCCUGCGCACCGCCUCUCAGCUGGUUUCCGUUACCGAGAUGCUACUCUACAUAUUGACCGCAGUGGCUUCAGUAUAUUUGCUCAGUACAAUCGCUCUCUUUGCGGGCAUUUUUAAAAAUCGCUCAGAAUUUGUUCUUCCAUGGUUGGUUGUUGAAUUUAUAUUCAUUGUAUCAGCGGCGGUAUUAGUGUUUUGGUUGCAGAAUGAAAAGUUUGUGGAGAUUAUUGGAGGCAAAGUGUACUACUUUAUGAUAUGCUUCACUGUGCUGCUUUUCGAUUGUUUGAUGUGGUAUAUUAUACACUCCUUCUACCAAAGGCUACGGACUAUGAACAAGCUGCGAGAGAUCGCUACGGUGGCAAUACCUUGUCCGCCACCUGGAUCGAUACCCUUCCACUUCCGACGCGAGAAUAUGUAUCUUGGCAGCAACGGGUACAAGCAUAUUCUCUCCGAGUCGCCAGAUGGCAAUUAUUAAAAACCGUAUUCUUUACAAUUCACCGCUUAGAAGUUGAACUAGGAAUACACAUAACGUAGACAGCAAGGAAACCCAAGAAAUCUCCAGCACCUGGGGAUAUGCAAAAUCCCGUGAUUCCUUAAGUAUCAAAUCGUUUUUGGCUCAGCUUCCGCCUCUGUUAUCAGCAACUCAAUAAAGCACUAAGAUUUGUAAAAAAAAAACAAAAAAACACAAUACACACACAUAAAUAAAUGAAUGAAUGCAAUA